AUGGCCUGUCACGUUCAAGGGAUUGCAUUCAUCACCGGUGGUGCUUCGGGAAUCGGGAAGAGCACUGCCAUUGCUCUGGCACGCAAUGGUAUCAACGGGCUAGCUCUACUUGAUCUGAACCUGUCAUUGCUUGAAGAUGUUCGAUGCCACAUCCGAAGCGAGUAUCCAAAUGUCGACGUCGAGAUUUUUCAAGUAAAUGUAGCCGAUGAGGUUUCAGUUGAGACCGCUGUGAACGCCACUGUCAAGAAAUUCGGACGCAUCGAUAUUGGCAUAAACUGUGCUGGAAUCAGUGGGAAUCCUACCUCAACUCACCAGAUGUCUUUGGAAGAGUGGAGGAAGGUCAUUGAUGUUAAUCAGACGGGAUUAUGGCUCUGCCAAAGGGCCAUAAUCCGGCAGAUGCUCACACAAGAAUCGCGCGGCAUUCGCGAUGGAAGGGGAGUGAUUGUCAAUGUAUCCUCCAUGUUUGGUGUUGGCGGUCCUCCAGGUCCCUUUGGUAUUCCCCAUUACACUGCAGCGAAGCAUGCUGUUGUUGGGUUGACGAAGAUGCUUAUAUCACAUUGGGACGCCAAGGCAUACGCCAGAGAUGGAAUUCGUAUCAACGCCGUUUGCCCAGGCUUUGUCGAUACACCCAUCAUCAAAGAGCAGAUUGAGUCUGGAACAAUGGAAGCCCAGUUCCAAAUGACACCUGUUGGUCGCCCUGCACAGGUUGAAGAGAUCUCGGAUGUGAUGUUUUUCCUCUGCUCUACUUCAAGCAGCUAUAUGUGCGGAGCAGCGUUGGUGGUUGAUGGUGGGUUCACGGUCUGA